CUCUCUGUCCACCAUUUUCUUCCUCCUCUCUGCCUUUCUAUGGGGAAAAGGGUUCAAAUUCAGCGGCCCUUGGGAGUCUGGACGUGUAAGCAGAUCCUCAUGAGCUGUACACUUCACAUAAACUCACAUUGUCUCUGUGCCUUCCCUUCAGCCCGCCUCCGCGUGCACAGCAGGAAUGUGAAAUGCACCUGAGCUGGAUAUUGCACGAGGAAGAAUGACUGCACUGACUCGCCAACCCACCUGUUCCGGGACAGAAGUCUCCUUGGCAGGUCUGAGAAAAAUCAUUAGCCAGUCACUUUCCUAAUCCCCGUCAUCUGUGGUGUAGUUACUCUACAGGCAGGUCGUAGAGUCGGACAGAAAUGGAGGAGUGCUGCCUUUCUGGUGAAGAACUGGAGAGACUGAGGAUACACAGAGAAAUAGAGAAACAGCUUCGUCGAGAUAAAAGAGAUUCUCAUAGGGAGCUAAAGCUGCUGCUAUUAGGCACUGGUGAAAGUGGAAAGAGCACUUUCAUCAAACAGAUGAGGAUCAUCCAUGGCAGUGGGUACAGUGAGGCUGACAGGAAAGGUUUCACACGGCUGGUGUUCCAGAACAUCGUCACAGCCAUCCAGGCGCUGAUCCACGCCAUGAAGACACUGCAGAUCGACUACUUUGAUGACAAGAACAUUAGCCAUGCAGAGACGCUGAGCCAAUUAGAGGCAGACCAGGUGUCCACUUUGGAGUCUUGGCAGGCAAACGCCAUUAAGAGAGUGUGGAAUGACCAUGGUGUUCAAACGUGCUACGACCGCAGGAGGGAAUUCCAGCUAUCUGACUCUGCCAAAUACUACCUGAGUGACUUGGACAGAAUCACAGCUGUGCCAUACAUCCCGACACAGCAGGACAUCUUGAGGGUCAGGGUCCCUACCACAGGCAUCAUAGAGUACCCCUUUGACCUUUCUAAAGUCAUCUUCAGGAUGGUGGACGUUGGUGGGCAGCGCUCAGAGAGGAGGAAAUGGAUCCACUGUUUCGAGAACGUCACCUCCAUCAUAUUCCUGGCUGCCCUGAGUGAAUACGACCAAGUCCUCUAUGAGAGUGAGAAUGAUAAUCGGCUGAGAGAGAGCAUUGCCUUGUUCACGACCAUCCUUUCUUACCGGUGGUUUCAAGACUCCUCCACCAUCCUCUUCUUGAACAAAACAGACCUGCUGGAGGAGAAAAUCACACAGUCUCAUUUGGCAGCCUACUUCCCAGCAUUUAAAGGACCUCAGGGUGACCUCAAAGCUGCCAAAAACUUCAUCCUCCAAAUGUACGUGGAGCAGCACAGCGGACACCACAAACCUCUCUACACUCACUUCACCUGUGCCACAGACACGGAGAACAUCCGUGUGGUUUUUAAAGCCGUCAAAGACACUCUUUUCAGAGAUAACCUGGAAAAGUUCAACCUUGAAUGAGGAGAACGCAGGACAAAGAGACAGAAAGCAGGUCAUACAGUGACAUGAACAGUUUUAUGGACCUUUUAUCUGCUGACGAUCGCACAUUGUUUGAAAGCAUCAAAGAAAGGCAGACAGCAGAGUCAGGUAAGGUACACCUAUCUGAGCACAGUAACGUUUUCUUGAAUCACAGUCCAUCAGAAUGGUUAAAAACAGGUUUUCUUCAGCAACAGGAAAAAGGACGAUCAUAAAGGCAGUUUGUUUUAACAAUGUGUUGCAGAAAGAUUUCUUUUUUCUCCAUUACUGUCUGCAGACAGUCAGUGAAUGGUAUCAAACUGGUCUGACGAUGUCUUAUCUGCUAAAAAUGCAACUCACCCCACCUUACAGCUCCGCAAGGAGGAAGUAAAUUGAUAGCCUGCAGGGAACAACAGUGCCUUAGUUUAUAUUUGUGCAAAUAUUUUUGUAGGGCAGCACCAACCAUGUAGUCUAUGAAAUGUUCCUUUUUCACUGAUUUUUACUUAUUUUAAAAUCUAGACAUUAAA